AUGACAUCACUCAAGAAGAAGAGUAGGAGGAAGCCUUCUUCCCAGGCCCUGGGGAAUAUUGUUGGCUGCAGAAUUUCUCACGGGUGGAAGGAAGGUAAUGAGCCUGUCACCCAUUGGAAGGCCAUCAUUCUAGGUCAACUGCCAACAAACCCUUCUCUUUAUUUGGUGAAGUAUGACGGAAUUGACAGUGUCUACGGACAGGAGCUCCACAGCGAUGAGAGGAUUUUAAAUCUUAAGGUCUUGCCUCACAAAGUAGUUUCUACUCAGGUGAGGGAUGUCCACCUCGCCAGCGCCCUGGUUUGCAGAGAGGUACAACACAAAUUUGAGGGGAAAGAUGGCUCUGAGGACAACUGGAGUGGGAUGGUGCUAGCCCAGGUGCCAUUCUUACAGGACUAUUUUUACAUUUCCUACAAGAAGGAUCCGGUCCUCUACGUCUAUCAGCUCCUGGAUGACUACAAGGAAGGUAACCUCCACAUCAUUCCAGAGACCCCUCUGGCUGAGGCGAGAUCAGGUGAUGACAAUGACUUCUUAAUAGGUUCCUGGGUGCAGUACACCAGAGAUGAUGGAUCCAAAAAGUUCGGAAAGGUUGUUUACAAAGUUCUAGCCAAUUCUACUGUGUACUUUAUCAAAUUUCUUGGUGACCUACAUAUCUAUGUCUAUACUCUGGUGUCAAAUAUCACUUAA